UUUUUUUUCCUUUUUUUUUUUCAUUCUAUCCUUCGCAGAGUAUAGUUCUUCAACAUCAAAAUAAUGGACAAAGUACGGGAAAGGACAGAGGAAGAAAACGAAAAAUUGAUCAACGAAGAAUACAAAACGUGGAAAAAGAACUCACCUUUUCUUUACGAUCUUGUUAUUACUCACGCGUUGAAAUGGCCCAGUUUGACAUGUCAAUGGCUCCCAGGCGUUGAAAGUGUUCCCGACAAAGGUUACAAGAUUCAACGAUUAAUAUUGGGUACACACACUAAUGACGAAGAUCCAAACUAUUUACAAAUUGCAUCUGUACGCUCACCUGAAAACUUGGAUGUCCAAAAGUAUGAAGAAGUUAUGAAAGAAAUGGAUCCAAGUGACACACAUAUCAAAAUCACGCAACGUAUCUUACACGAUGGAGAAGUCAAUAGGGCACGCUACCAAUAUGAUCAUCCUGAUAUUAUUGCUACAAAAUCAAGAACUGGUGAUGUCUACUUAUUUGAUUGCUCGACUUUUGAAGUGGAACCAAAACAAGAUGAAAAAUUCAAUCCUACUUUACGAUUGAAGGGUCACGAAAAGGAAGGGUAUGGACUAGCUUGGAAUCCUCAUUCAUCCAAGACUAAUCACUUGCUAAGUGCUGGUUUCGAUUCGAUUAUAUGUGAAUGGGAUAUCAACGCAACUACAAGAGAUGACAAAACGUUACAACCUCUUAGAAUAUAUAAAGGACACACUGCUGGCGUUGAGGAUGUUGCCUGGCACACACGAUAUGAACAUAUAUUUGCCUCUGUCGGUGAUGAUAAACGACUGAUGAUCUGGGAUUCAAGAAAGAAUGGAAAAGAAAAUCCUGUGCACAACAUAGUGGCUCAUGAUGCUGAAGUCAAUUGUGUGGCCUUUGCUCCUCAAAGCGAAUGGAUACUUGCUACAGGAUCAGGGGACAAAACGGCUGCCUUAUGGGAUUUACGUAAUCCUAAGGAAAGAUUACAUACAUUAGUUAGUCAUCAAUCAGAAAUCCUACAAUUGUCUUGGUCUCCUCAUCAUGAAACUGUUUUGGCUACUGCAAGUAAUGAUCGAAGAAUUUUGGUAUGGGAUAUUGGCAAGAUAGGACAAGAACUAUCACCAGAAGAUGCUGAAGACGGUCCAUCCGAAUUGAUGUUUAUGCAUGGUGGACAUACAAACAAGAUCUCUGAUUUCGAUUGGAAUCCUUCUCAACCUUGGAAUAUAGCAAGCACUGCUGAAGACAACAUUAUUCAAGUGUGGGAAAUGGCAAGUCAUAUAUACGCAACAAAUAGAUCUACGGAUGAUGCACAGGUGGACAAAAUGGAAGAAUGACUGCGAUCAAGAAAUUUUUACCUUUAAGAAAAUUUUGGAAAAAAAAAAAUCUCUCAUUUUAGUUUAUUUAUAUAUUGAAUGGAUUCUUCCUUUUAUAUAUAUAUAUAUAUAUCAUCAUCUUCUCCAUCAUCUUGAUUUCAAAUAUUACUAGUC